AUGGCGGCCCUCCAGCAGCAGCAGCCACACCCGCAGCCGCCGCCACCGACGUCGCUGUCCAUCGAGAAGCUGGUGCGCGUCGGCUACUACGAGCUGGAGAAAACAAUUGGCAAGGGUAACUUUGCCGUUGUCAAGCUCGCCUCGAAUGUCAUCACAAACUCAAAGGUGGCAAUCAAAAUAAUCGAUAAAACAUGUCUGGACGAGGAAAACCUGGCGAAAACGUUCCGCGAGAUCUCGAUACUGAAGGUGCUGCACCAUCCGCACAUCACGCGCCUGUACGAGGUGAUGGAAUCCCGGAACAAGAUCUAUCUCGUUACGGAGCACGCGGCGCAGGGCGAGAUCUUCGACCACCUGGUGGCGAACGGGCGCAUGAAGGAGGAGGAAGCGGCCCGCAUCUUCUCGCAGAUCGUGUCGGCCGUCGACUACUGCCACCGGCACGGGAUCGUGCACCGCGAUCUGAAGGCCGAGAACGUGCUGCUCGACACGGACAUGAACGUAAAGUUGGCCGAUUUCGGGUUCAGCAACACGUUCGUCGAGGGCCAACCGUUGCGCACGUGGUGCGGUUCACCACCGUACGCGGCGCCGGAAGUGUUCCAGGGUGUGGAGUACGAUGGGCCCCGCUCGGACAUCUGGAGUCUCGGCGUGGUGCUGUACGUGUUGGUGUGCGGAGCGUUGCCUUUCGACGGGACGACCCUUCACGACCUGCGGAGUGUGGUGGUGGCCGGCAAGUUCCGCAUUCCGUUCUUCAUGUCGCAAGAGUGCGAACAGCUGAUCCGCCACAUGCUGGUGGUGGAACCCGAGCGACGGUACACCCUCAAACAGAUCGCGCACCAUCGCUGGAUGGCGCAGUAUAACGCGAUUCCGCUGCUGCACCUGGACAGCUGCUCACCGGCGUUGGUGGGCGAUGGUUUGGCCGACGGUGGUGAGUCACAGCGAUCCGAUGGCGGUGGCGGUGGCGGUAAUCUGGAUGCGGUCGUUAUGACGCACAUGCUGCAACUGCCGGGACUUACGGCGGAUAUGAUCGCGCAGUCGGUGCACGAGAACCGCUUCGAUCACAUCUACGCCAUCUACAGUCUGCUGGUGGACAAGCUGCGCCAGAAGCGCAAGGAGAAAGGCCGGUUGCAGCAUCACGCCAGUCUGGCGUUUGCGCGCUCCCGGAAGACGAGCAUCACGACGGGUGUGGUCGAUCGGACCGAGCUACUGCAGAACGAUUCGCUCGAACGGCUCAGUCCGCUGACGAGUGUCGGAUCCACGAUCCUGAACAUAUCGGCCGGACUGGGCGGAACGGAGGAGCUGGAAAAGUACGACCUGGAGGGCGGGGCGGUGAUCCCACCGGUGGGUAAAGUGCCGGAACCGAACGAUCGGCAUCUAUUUCCGCCUCCGGUGGCGGCCGGUUGUGGCGGCAACACUCGGCGGCACACGGUCGGACCGGGAGACGUGGCCCACGAGCAGGUACUGGUCAACCCGAACGUGGUGCCUAUUUCGUUCAAGAUUGGCGGAGGCGGCGUACACGAGCAACCCGCCGUCCCGACGCCGAAUGUUCCACUCAACAUACCCUCGCUUCAGAAUCAACCGAUUCACAAUCUGACCAUCAAGGAUCAGCACCUCCUGAAGCCACCGACCGUCAUGGGGGCCACGAGUUCCUUUGGUCGAAGGGCAUCCGAUGGGGGCGCAAACCUACAAAUCUAUUACCCAUCGUCGUCCAGUAGCACCUUCCCGGAUCAAUCGCAGCAGCAGCAGCAGCAGCAACAAGCGCAAUCUUCACAAGAUAGUGCAUUGCUCGCGAUCGGCACUGGCGUCUCGGGUGUUGUUAUUUCAGGGGUCAAUAGUCCUGCUCUGGUCGUCGACCAUCUAAUGUUGCAGACACCCAGCAGUGAAGGAAACGACGAUUCAAAUGAUGAAAUUCAAAGGUACAUGCACGGUCGCGGAUGCACCAAGCGCCACACGGUCGGCUGUACGGAUGAUCUUUCGGUCGGAAGCGCGUCGCCGAUGGAACCACCUCAGGCGCACUCACCCGCACCCGGCUCUACGGGUAGCGGUGCGACCGGUGGUGGCCGCACCCGUCGUACCGGACUGCUAACCGUGAUGGAGCGUCCUCCGGUGAUAAGCCCGGAUCUGAUACGGGAAGUGGAGGCUCGCAUGAAUCGCGACUACUUGCCCCCUUCGCUGCUGUCCUCCGGCCCGGGGCCGACGAUGGCAGUAGCGUCGAGUGUAGCUUCUUCCCCACUGCCAGGCGGCGGCCUAUCGCCGCCAUCGUCGUCAUCGUCGACGGCGAUGGCGAUGCCGACGACCAAGAGCGGAAAACAUUCGGCCGGUUCCGGUCCGCUUGGUGGGCCCGUCACCAAACUUCCCGCCGUGGCUGGUGGAACGCCCGGGUUCCAACAGCAUCACCCGUACCAUCAGCAGAUGUUGGCCAUGUCUUCGAUUCAACCGGCGGGGCACGGCACACAGGCCAGUGCUCCGAUUGCACACCAGCAACAACACCAUCUGCAUCAGCAUUCGCCGCAACUGCAACAGCCGCAACCGCAGCAACAGCCACAACAACAGGCACCACCUCAAGCGGCAGCAACUCCGCCGCAACUGCAGCAACUCUGCAGCGGUGGCCGGAGAUACGUGCGCACUUGUAAGCUACCGACCGUGCAGGAAAUCGGUCGCUACAGUCCGGUACGCCGAGCAUCGGAAGGUUCGCGCAUCACGUCCCACGUGCAAGGCCCGUUCCAGGAGUGUCAGCAGCUGCAGAAAGGGCUGCACGCCGCCGCCCUGGCCCAACAGCACCAACAGCAGUUGCAGCAGCCACACCGUAACAACAAUCUGCUCAUCGCCCCGAACCCUCCGCUGGCGGACAACUCGGUCAGUCUGCCGGGUUCACCGAUGCACUGCAAGGCGUUCGUUUCGACGACACCGGACGGCACGGAUUCACAGCAACCACACUUGACCGUACCGCACGAGGUACUGCUCACGCUGAUGCCCGCCCUGGAGCGGUUGGUGCAGGAGAACCGGUUACCGGUCGAGACCGCCAACGGGAUCGUCAGCACGCGGACCAUCCCGUACGAGGUGGGCCACCAGCUGGGGAUCGUUCGAGGUGGAGCAGUGGGAACCGGCAGCAGCGCCGUGGCCUGCGGAGCGCACGAUAUCGGUCUGCUGCAGCUGCAGCACAGUCAGAGUGUUUCACCGUUAAACUCUGCGUUACGAACUUCCGGUGGCUAUCCGGGUGCCGUCGGUCGUCCUUCUGGCCUUACGAUGGGUGGACUUCAGCCGAGUUACAUCGCCGGCGGCGGCGGCGGCGGCUGCGGUGCUGGUGGUGGAGUGUUUGGCGGAACGUUCGGCAAUCCUUACGGUGGUGGAUUCUCCAAUCUGAAUGCCCCGCUUAGUGCGGUAGGUAUGUGCCAUUUGGCCGGUCUCGAGUACCCCGGAAGUAGCAGCAACAGCGGCUGUCCUUCGCCGGUAUACUACACCAGCGGUUGCUCUUCGCCAAUCCUUCCCGGGCCACCGAUCACGGCGAUCGGAACUAGUGGCGUUGGUGCUGGUGGAUGCUCUUCCGGUGGCAGCGGUGCGGCGUCACCGAUGCACCAGAUUACCCGGGGAAUUAGCUCGCUAACGACGGGUGGCAGUGGUGGCGGUGGUUCGAUUACGAGAGGAACGCCAGCGGGUUUCCCGCCGUCGCCGUCGAUUGGCUGCCAUGAACCGCUCGAUCUCAGCAUGGACAUCGUGAACAGUGUGGAGAUUGAUUACGGUGGCCGCGGUGGAGCCCUGUUCUCCGGGCCGACCACGCCGGUGAACUAUUUCGACCCGAAAAACUACGCCCUUUUGCCACCGCCGCCACCGCAAACGCUGCGGAUCUCGGCCACACCGCCAACGUCGCCAAACUUGUGCAUCAUUCAGGAGGAGCACGCCACGGCGGCGGCUGCCGUGGGGGGACCCGGGUUCCGGUGCCAUUCGGUUGCCGGGUCACCGGAGGACCUGACGUUCCAGCACACGCACCCCCAGAUCUGUCUGACCGAUGUGCAGGGCAGCGAGAUAACUCUGGUCGCGCUGUCCGACUCGAGCCGCGGCGGAAGCGACGAUUCGCUAAACUGUGCCACCGGUGGGAGCGGGACAAUGACCGCCUCGUCGGGAUUGGGCUUCUCGGGGCUGCUCAUCACGGACCCGCCGGGUGAUAUGCCGUCGAUAACGCGGGGCGUCGGUCGGAAGGCAAGCCUCGACACGGAGAACAACUCGACCGCAACGUCCACGUCGACGACCUCGGCCAAGCUGGACACGUCGGACGCGAGCGAAUCGUACGUCCGGCGGGGCAGUGACAAAUCGCUCGGCUUCAGUGAUGACAGCUUGAGCAACGAUUCGAACCCCUCGACGAACCUGUCGCCGGGCCAGGAACCGUCGGCGGCCAGCUCGGGGUUUAAGAGUGGGGACGCGUCGGAGCAGGACGCUUCGGCCCGGCUCAGCCCGGACUCGCUCGGAGAGGCCGGCGGCUCAUCGAAGGGUGGCGGCUCUGGUGGUUCGGACGAGUGCUACGAGUUGCCACUGCCGCAAGAGUGUUCCACGCUCGAUUCGGCCCGCAUUCUCGAGCUCGUGAAGCGAACGCUAGACUCGACGAUGCCACCGAAGGGCUGUGUUUACGGGUUCACCGGCAGCAGUACCGCGGCUGGCCAUGGGAACGGUGGUGGUCGAUCGACGCAAACCGAUGCAGCUGUGCCGCUCAGCUCGGAUGGCCCCGCUGGUGAGCGGGCGAAUGGCGAGGGAGCCAGUGCCGUGGCCGUGCGAGACACCGGAGAAUCGAAUCUGAGCCUGGAGUUCUCGGGCGGGCUGCAGAUCGAGUUGCAGGUCUACGAGGGGCGUAGCAAGGACAGCAACACGAGCAAGGGCAUCAAGCUGCGUCGCAUUUCCGGCGAUCAGUACGAGUACGGGAAGCUCUGCCAGCAGCUCAUCACCUCGCUAACGGUCUAAGACGGCGUGCGGACACGAACACCCCAAAAGGCCAACAGUAGAUAGUUGCUUUUCACUUUCUCCCCGUGUGUGUGUGUACAGAAGACAAGUACUGUACGCCUGGUUGUUAAUGUUAUCGGGUUUUUAUUUUGUUAACGGAGGCAAUUAGCGGCUACAUUGUUUCCCACUUAAUUCUAUUAUUAUUUUAUGAAUCCAAGAGUCACCACGGGAGCUCUCGUUGUGUCAGUCCUUCGCAGCGCAACUGCCAGGUGGGCCGCAGAUGGACGGAGGUGAGCGUUUAGGUAAAUGGCCUUUUACAAUGUAUUUUUAAGCCUUUUUUAUUGCGCUUUCGCUAUGGCCGCUCCUUUGGUUUCGCGCGUGAAACGUACUAAAACGAGAAAUGCGCGGCGUUUGUUGAAGAAAGUGUAAAUUUCCACUGGGCGAUGUCUAAAUUUU